CUUUCUUCCCCCAAAUCGAUUUCCCGAUGGCCGACGAAGAUUUCCAGUCACGCGUCGAGAGGAUCUUCGGAUCUCUCGCCUUCUCUCGCUCCUCCGCGUCUUCUACUACUACCUCCACGUCAUCUGCGGCGGCGCCGCUACGGCAAACGCAAUCGGGAUCGGUGUGGUCGCUCUCCGGCGCGGAAGUGGAGAAGCGGGAGUGGAAGCGAGAGUCGUACGAUAGGGAAGAGACGCCUUGUGCGUCAUCGUUCGACGAGAUUAUGAGACAGCAGAGGAUCUCGAGGACUGAUGCUCGGAAGGAGGAGGGAGAGGAAGGUGGUAACGAGGAUUUUGAUGAGGAUUGGAGUAUCAGAGCAUCAAUCGGACUUGACCGUACUUUAGAUGAUGAGGAAGAAGAAGAUGAGUAUGACAAAGUAGCACUAGGGAAAGAGGAUGGUGGUGAAGGCUUGUCUAUGGAAGAUGCUGUUUCCAAACCGUCUGGUGUCCGGAUUCGGGACCCUCGUGCUAACCAUGCUGCUGCAAAAAUUAGACUCAAGGAAGAUGAACUCGAGGCCAACAAGUUUAGCCCUUCUGGAGAUCACUCCUCGAAAAGCAGAGAGAAUCCUCACGCAGAAGAAUCAUCUGAAGCUGUGAAACCAAAACCUAUACUCAAAAGGAAGGAAGGUAGUUCAGAUUCUGAAGCAAGGACAGAUAAGCGAGUCAGGUUUGAUGUUGUGUCUGAAGAAACAUCAAAGAAGCCUGAAGAUACCUGCUCAGUUUCUGCCUCUUUGAAAAGCGCAUUGCAUCAGGGUAAAAGUGAUGCUCAGGUACCGGAUUACUUGAUGAAUCCUUCCAAGUACACCUGUUACAGCUUUGAUCCAUCUUCGGAAUUGGAUGAGAAGUCCCAAGCACAAGAGUACACGGACAGUCCCAAGGAUUCCGAAGGAUUAGAAAGUUCAGAGUCAGAAUCCUUCAAGAAAGUCUCCUUUGUUCCGCAGAAGAAGACAAAGGACGUAAGAGAAGACGGUAGUAACUGUAGUGAGACGAAGCCUGUUGUGGCUGGUCAGGUGGGCGAAGAUGAGAGACCAAGUGAAACAGAAGAUGGUGAUACUGUAGAUGAAACUGAUGUCUAAUCUUUCUGUUUGGUUAGAGCGUCCUUUGCAUGCAAUAAUGAGAUAAAGCUACGUUUCUUACUAGUUUUCUGUAGAUUCAUCUCAACAAGUUUUAAUCUUUGACUCCUCACAGACCAGAUUUUCUUUUUUUUCCUUAACAUCAAACCAAAUCAUGGGCUCCGUUUCAUGUGCAAAGAUUUUGCUUUUUAAUACCCAACUAAAAAAUAACUAACAAGCCUGUCUACAUACGGUACUGAGU